ACAAAUUCUUGCAGCAAUACUAACAACAGUGUCAAUAUGUCCGCAGCAUCGCCUACGCGGCCGUCGAGGCGAGUUGCUGCUAGAAGGAAGAUUGUAGACGAAUCCGAUGAGGAGGAUCGUGCACCAGACGUCAACAAUGACAGCGACGAGGACGACUUUACACCCGCUCCAGCGAGAACCACUCGGGGAUCGCGACAGAAGACGUCAAAUGAGCCUCCCACACCCAAAAAUGGUACCCGAGCAAGAAGAAAGAGGGCAACGGAGUCGAUAGAACCUUCAGAGGUCUUUGAGGCCUCCGAAAAUGUCGCGCCAGACGAGCCAAGCUCACCAGUCAAGAAGGCAUCACCACGCAAGCGCACAACAGGCAGACAGAGUGUGCGUGCAAACAGAAAAAGCAGAAUGUCGACAGCACCGGCGACGCAGCCGAUCGAUGAAGAGCCACCGUCGUUGCCAACUCCACAACCUUCGAUUUCGCCAGAGCCGGAGGAUGCAGAAAACACGCUCACAGCAGUAGAAUCAGAAUCUACGCUCAAGCCCUCAUCAUCGCCUACGUCCCCACGAGCUUCACAACGACAUGUGGCUCCACUCGCUGACAUAACUGAUAGCGCGAUAAAUGAGCAAACGACUCCAAUCGCGGCGGAUAAGAAGUUGGAUGUCACGAAGGUCAACCCCCAGAUUACAAUGCUUGAGAAGCCUAUGGACAUUGUUGUAAGGACGCGACAAGCUGCAUUACCGAAAGUUGAAGAACCUAUGGGGCCUAAAGCCCGUCUGGUUAUUACCUAUCUAGUCCUCACAAACUUCAAAAGUUACGCGGGUAGACAAGAGGUUGGCCCAUUCCACGCGUCAUUUUCCUCAGUUGUUGGACCGAACGGAUCUGGGAAAUCAAAUGUCAUUGAUUCACUACUUUUCGUCUUUGGUUUCAGAGCUAGCAAGAUGAGACAAGGCAAGCUCUCGGCGCUAAUUCACAAUUCUGCCGCAUUUCCCGACCUUGAUUACUGCGAGGUCGAAGUGCACUUUCAAGAAGUCAUGGACCUCCCUCAAGGAGGCUCGGAACCUGUUCCAGACUCGGCGAUUGUGGUUUCAAGAAAGGCAUUCAAAAACAAUUCAAGCUCCUACUACAUCAACGGGAAAACAUCAAAUUACACGACCGUCACAACAAUGCUAAAAGAGAAAGGUAUUGAUCUUGACCACAAACGAUUUCUCAUCUUGCAGGGUGAAGUCGAGUCCAUCGCACAGAUGAAGCCCAAGGCGGGUAACGAGCACGAAGAUGGCUUGCUUGAGUACUUGGAAGACAUCAUCGGUACAUCAAAGUACAAAACGCCUAUCGAAGAGUCGGCAGCGCAGGUUGAGGUGCUCAACGAAGUCUGCAUGGAGAAGAGUAGUCGUGUUCAACACGUGGAGAAAGAAAAGAACGCUCUUGAGGACAAGAAGGAGAAGGCUUUGGCGUUCAUCCGCGACGAGAACAAUUUGGCUAUCAAACAGGCUGCUUUGUAUCAACUCUGCAUAGAAGAAUGCAAAGAUACAUUGCAGGUUUCGCAAGAAGCUACAGCGAAGAUACAAGCUGCCUUGAAUGAAGAAUUGGAAAAACACGCAGGCAACGAAGACGAGAUCAAACGACUAGAGAAGACAUUCAGGGAAGCAAACAAGCAAUAUGCGAAACUCGAAGAGAAUAGCCAGGCUAUUCUCAAAGAAGUUGCAAAACUUGACAAGGAGACGGUUAAAUUCGAAGAGAAGAAAAAGUUUCUUGCAAACAAGCAGAAAAAGGCCGAGAAGACACUCGAAAACAGCCAAUUCGCCGCUGCGGAAGCGGAGAGAACGAUCAAGAACUGUUCAGACGACAUUGAGCGUAAUCGAGGCCAGAUCGCGGAACUGCAGAAGGAAAUGGAGCAAGAAGAGCAGGAGCUGUCUUCGAUUAGAGAGUCCCUUAAAGGCAAGACCCAGGGUAUCUCAGAUCAGAUCGCUGCCAAACAGAAGUCCUUGGAACCUUGGAACACGAAAAUUAACGAGAAGCAGUCAGCUAUGGCUGUUGCACAGAGCGAACUAGAUAUUCUCCGGGAGAAGGAAAACUCUGGAGCCGUUGCGAUUGCUGAAAUCGAAGCUAAGAUUGCUGGUCUGCAAGAGAGCAAGGCUGCGAAAGCUAAAGAACUCGACGAGUGUAGGGCUGAGCAGAGAGACUUGCAGAAGCAGCUACAACGAACGCAGGCUGAGCUGGACAAUCUCGCUACAAAGGAGCCUGUCUUGCGAUCCAAGCUUUCUGAUGCUCGUCAAAAGGCUGAUGAAGCCCGUGCUAGCCUCUCGAACAGCCAGUCACAGGGAAAUGUUCUCACAGGCUUGAUGCGUAUGAAAGAAUCUGGUCGAAUCAACGGGUUUCAUGGACGACUAGGUAACCUUGGAACUAUCGAUGCAAAGUACGACGUAGCUAUCUCGACGGCCUGUCCCUCACUUGAUAAUAUGGUGGUUGACUCGGUCGAAGUUGGACAGCAGUGCAUUGAGUAUCUCCGAAAGAACAACCUUGGGCGAGCAAACUUCAUCUGCUUGGACAAAUUGCCUCAGCGAGAUUUGGGGCCUAUCGAGACACCAGAGAACUGUCCACGUCUCUUCGAUCUCGUGAAGCCGAAGCAUGACAGGUUUUUACCGGCAUUCUUCAGUGUGCUACAAAACACUUUAGUAGCUAAGGACAUGGAGCAAGCUAAUCGUGUUGCAUAUGGAGCAAAGCGAUGGCGUGUCGUUACGCUAGAAGGCCAGCUUAUCGACAAGUCCGGAACCAUGUCUGGUGGUGGCACUCGCGUCGCCAAGGGCGGAAUGUCAUCCAAACUGGUUGCCGAAGUCAGUAGGGAGCAAGUCUCGAAGCUCGAGCUUGAUCGCGAUGCCCUUGAGCAGAACUUCCAACAGUUCCAGACGCAACAGCGCGAAUUUGAGAUAUCGCUGCGAGAGUUGAACAAGCAAAUUCCCAAGGUUGAAACCAAAGCUCAGAAGAUCGAACUUGAGCUUGGCAGCUUCGACAAGAACAUUGCGGAUGCGCAACGACGGAUCCAAGAACUUUCCACGGAGCAGUCAUGUUCAAAAUCGGACAAGUCCCGUAUUUUGGCUCUUGAGAAGACAAUUGCCAGUGCUGAGAAGGAAAUAGGUAAAUUGCAUGCGGAUAUGGCGGGUAUUGAAGAGGAGAUCAAGGAACUUCAGGACAAAAUCAUGGAAAUUGGUGGAGUUAAACUUCGAACGCAGAAAGCCAAAGUUGAUGGCCUGAAAUCGCAGAUCGACACGCUCACGGAAGAGAUGUCGUCUGCUGAGGUUAACAAGGCUAAGGCUGAGAAACAGAAGGUCAAGCACGAAAAGGCAUACGCUGAAGCCACUAAGGAACAAGAAAAUGCUGUCAAGGAGCUCGAGAAGUUGCAGUUGGCCAUGGAUAAGCAGAACGAGGAUGCAGCUGGUUCAAGACAAGCAGCCGAAGAAGCUCAGGAGGCCCUGGAUAGCAAGAAGGAGGAACUGGCUGAGCUGAAGAAGGAACUUGACCAGAAGACCGCUGAGUUGAAUGAGACGCGUGGUGUUGAAAUCGAGAUGCGAAACAAGCUCGAGGAAAACCAAAAGGCUGUUCAUGAGGCUCAGAAGCGGCUCAAUCACUGGCAGGAAAAGCUCAGCAAGCUAUCCGUGCAAAACAUUAGCGAUAUUGGGAAGAAACAGGAAGCUUCCGCUCUCCCGUGCUACACCCGCGAUGAGCUUGAGGACAUGGAUAAAGACGCGCUCAAAGAAGAGAUCGCUGAGCUGGAGGCACGCACAUCGAAUGCCAGCGUUGAUCUCAAUGUUUUGGCCGAGUAUCGUCGCCGUUGUGAGGAACACAGCGUCCGAUCUGCUGAUCUAGCGGAAGCCCUAGCUUCCCGCGACGCUGCCAAGAAGCGCUGUGACGAGCUGCGUCGACUUCGUCUGGAAGGCUUUAUGGAGGGCUUCAGUAUUAUUUCCAUGCGCCUCAAGGAGAUGUAUCAAAUGAUCACCAUGGGUGGCAACGCCGAACUUGAGCUCGUCGACUCUCUCGACCCCUUCUCAGAGGGUAUCCUCUUCUCUGUGAUGCCGCCUAAAAAGAGCUGGAAGAAUAUUGGCAAUCUGUCCGGUGGUGAGAAGACCUUAUCUAGCUUGGCCCUUGUAUUUGCGCUGCAUCAUUACAAACCAACGCCGUUGUACGUUAUGGACGAGAUUGAUGCUGCGCUGGACUUCAGGAACGUCAGUAUCGUAGCGAGCUACAUCAAGGAGAGGACUAAGAACGCUCAAUUUAUUGUUAUAUCGCUCAGGAAUAACAUGUUUGAGCUUGCAUCGCGGUUGGUAGGCGUUUAUAAGGUUAAUCACAUGACGAAGAGUGUUACGAUUGAGAAUAGGGACUAUCUUCAGCACGCCGCAUAAGGUACACGGGAGGGCCAUGACUGGCGUUCCGGAGAAAGAUCGAGCUAAAUUAUUAUGUUGACGUGUAUCAUAAACGAGGAUAUUUCUGAUGAUAUAAUGCAUCCAUUGACGUUGAUCCAAUAGAGAUUUUUUUUUUAUUUUCAAAAUACUGGCUAGAUAUGC